AUGAACUCCGAUCUCAGCGCAGCAGAACUAGAAACAAUGCUUAAAUGUGUUCAGUCCAUCUAUCUACAUACAUACUCGAAAAAGCACAGGCCUGACUGGGUUCGGCUGGUCCAAGCGAUGUGGAUGUUGGCUGACCUCGAACCUAAAUUAAAAGAGACAACUGCGCCUGGGCCAGGAAGGAGGGGAAGGAAGGAAGCGGUCAAUCAAUCAAUCAGAAUCAAAUCAAAUCAAAUCAAAUCAGUCCAGUUCAGAGAAAAAGAAUUGAAAGGUAACUGGUUCAGAUUGGUCUACGAGACUGGAAAUGCUAGUCUGGGCCUUUGA